GCCAUGGCGGGUCGGACCCUAGCUCGGCGCUACGGUCCCCCACGGUCCCCCAUCUCUGGGACCAAGGUGCCUGGAUCCCAGCCCAGCUGGCAUCUCACCAGCAGUGGCGUCGCCCACCACUGUAUCCCGCCCGUGCCCUUUCCCCCGCCCACUGUGCAGUCCGCGGUCGCGGAGCCCCUGCUCCUGGCCGCAAAGCAGGAUUUGCAUAUUUGGGCUUUCGACGAGGUCACCAACAGAUGGGAGACAACCUCGGGCUCGGCUCACGUGCCCAAGACCCACGGCGGGCCCUACGCGCAGCCCAAGGCCCCAGAACCUGCGGACCGCACGCGGAUUGUGGGGAUCAAGGAUGUAGCGGAAAAACUCAGACACCGCGGCUGGCGCCUCCCUCUGAUCACAAAGCACCAGUGCAGUGAGACGAGGGCGCAGUACACCGGCUGGCCCAGCCUGGACCGGGGCGCCACCUCCUUCAUCGGGCCCCAGCCCCUGGAGCUUGCGGACCACAGCCGAGGGGGCCCUUCCCAGGCUCUAAUCCCCUGGACGAAGAACCCCGAGCUGGCCGGCCGGCCUUUCACUAUUUCUGACCAGGGCAUCCUGGACCGCUAUCAGCUCUAUCUGACCACUUCGGCCCGGGACUUCCAGGCCUAUUCGACGAAGGAGUUGUCAGGCUACCCUCGCAAGGACUCGAUGACCUCCUGGAGCUGGGAGACGCCCCAGACCUGGGGCCCCGGCCCGAAACAGCCGCCCGGUCCGUGCUCCUCUCGGCCACUCCGGCCGCCGAAAAUCCGCGUGCCCCGCGCCCGUCCGGUGAUGCCAGUCGUGCCGCACCGCGGGGCGCUGUCUCUGGCUCAAGAAUCCUACAGCCCCCCGCUGCACCCACUCCGCCGGCUCGACCGUUUCUGCCCGCUGGAGCCGCCCUGGGGCGGCCCCCACUGGAAACCCGAGUCAGACAUCUACAGCGUGCCGAAAGCCUACAGCACCGAGAACUUCAACUACGGCAGCUUAAAUCCGGCGCUGGCCUGAGCCAGACGGGCCAGCCCCGCCCUGGACACGCCCCCUAAGCGGGGG